GGGAAUUUGACACAGUGCAGAGUCCCUCCACGCCAAUCAAAGAUCUUGAUGAGAGAACAUGUAGGAGUUCUGGGUCAAAGUCUCGGGGUAGAGGGCGGAAGAAUAAUCCAUCACCCCCUCCGGACAGUGACUUGGAGCGUGUAUUUGUUUGGGAUUUGGAUGAAACGAUCAUAGUUUUUCAUUCGCUCCUUACAGGAUCCUAUGCGCAGAAAUAUGGCAAGGAUCCACCAAUGGCAGUGACCCUUGGACUGCGAAUGGAAGAAAUGAUUUUUAAUCUUGCUGACACACAUUUAUUUUUUAAUGAUUUAGAGGAGUGUGAUCAAGUUCAUAUUGAUGAUGUUUCUUCUGAUGAUAAUGGACAAGACCUAAGUACCUACAGUUUUGCAACUGAUGGCUUCCAUGCAGCUGCAAGUAGUGCAAACCUUUGUCUGCCAACAGGUGUAAGAGGAGGGGUUGACUGGAUGAGGAAGCUGGCUUUCCGUUACAGAAGAGUAAAAGAGUUGUAUAAUACUUACAAGAACAACAUAGGAGGACUCCUGGGUCCUGCUAAAAGAGAUGCAUGGUUGCAAUUAAGAGCAGAGAUUGAAGCUCUGACAGACUCCUGGCUAACAAAUGCACUUAAAUCAUUAUCAAUUAUCAGCACAAGGAGUAAUUGUGUAAACGUGUUGGUAACAACAACCCAGCUUAUCCCAGCACUUGCAAAAGUUCUACUAUACAGUUUAGGAGGAGCUUUUCCGAUUGAAAAUAUUUACAGUGCAACCAAAAUAGGCAAAGAGAGCUGUUUUGAGCGUAUAGUGUCCAGAUUUGGCACUAACAUAACUUAUGUUGUGAUUGGAGAUGGCCGAGAUGAGGAACAUGCAGCUAAUCAGCACAACAUGCCUUUCUGGAGGAUAUCCAGUCAUUCGGACCUCUUGGCUCUCCAUCAAGCACUGGAACUAGAGUAUUUGUAA